GUCUCCGCUGCAGCAGCAACUGAAAAGGAAGACGAAGAAGAAGAAGGACGUUCUCCUCCAUUUGUCAUCAGUUCGUCGGUUGAACGCAUCGACGAACUGUGCGAUAAACCUCUGUGAUAUUAACUGAGCUCGAAGAACAAGCAAGAUAAGAUACUGACUACAAUCAUGUGGGAUGGACCAGGGCCAGGGCAAGGACCACGAGGAGGACCCUUUCGUGGUGAUCAUCGUGGAGAAAUGUUUGGCGGCAGAGAUCGUCCAAUGCAUGAAUAUAGAGGUGGCAGAGAUGGGAUGAACAUGGGUCCAAUGGGUCAUAUGGGCCCAAGACCUCUAGAUAUGCCACCUAUGGACAUGAGAAGGAUGGAUGGGCCACCCAUGAGGGGGCGUGACAUGGACCCACGUGAUAUGCGAGGUAGAGAGCCGAGAGAUUUUUGCCGACCUGGAGAAGAGCAAGACUUCAGUCUUAGAAGGCACUAUGAAAUUUCCAUCAGAGACAAACUGAUGAAUGCCUCUGGUUUCCCGGGACCAGGCAGGAACUCAGCUGACAUGGGGGGGAGGGGUAUGCCACCUCGGGAACCAAACAGCAGGUUUAUGGACAUGAGAGACAGAGAGUCAUUUCAUCAUGACAUGCCACCAUACAACAAUCCCAAUUUUGAUGGAAGAAGAGAGUUUCCCAUGGACAGAAUGGAGCGAAAUGAUGGAUUCAGGGACAUGCGUGACAGGCCCCCGAUGGGCAUGGAUGACCAUGAUGGCUAUGAUAUGGACUUACCUCCACGUGACAGGAGACUGAUGGACACUGACAGAAGAGGAGGGCCACCUUUCAAUCCAAGAGGUGGAUUUGAUUCUGACAUGGAUUUCAGAAAUCGUCUUGGCCCAUCAGCUGAAUUUAGAGGUAGGGAUCGAUCUCCCUUAAGAUUUGGAAACAGUGAUGUUCCACCGAUGGACAGGGCAAGAUCAGAUAUGCCCCCAGAUGUUGCAGGCCCUCAAAGAUCAGAAUUUAUGGGUCCAGCAGACACACUCAGAGAGAGAGAAUACCCAGAUUCAAGUGGCAGCCCCCUUAUGGAUUAUCGAAGUGGUGAAGAGAUGACUCUUGCAGAGGAAUGGAAGAACCGUCGAAAGGACAAGACCCCAUACUUAGAAAUGGGUAAAGGCAUGGGAGGUGUACCCAAACCUAACUUCCCUGUGGAAUUUGGCAGAGAUGUGAAUGUUAGAGAUCCACCACCAUUUCAGGAAAGGGACAGACCACCUGUUGAAUUCCCAGGGAAAGAUGUUGGCUUUCCUCAUGGUGACCACUUUCCUGCUAUGAAUCUACCACCAAUUGCCAGCAAAGCUCAACAAGACCAUCCACACUCGGAUAUAACUCCCCUCACUGGCCCUCUAGGAAGAGAAAAUGAGAGUAAACAUUGGCUUGGAGAAAGGAAUCCGAAGCAUAGUCAAAAUAAAUCAAAUCGUGAUGAAAGGCCCCCUUACCAUCAAGAGAAGAAUCAGCCCUCACAUGAGAUUCAGGAGCCAAAUGAUAGUUUUAAGGGGUUGAAAGAUAUUGCACACAAUCAAGGACCUAGCAGGGCUAAGAUGGGGCCAGAACGCGAUUUCCAAAGCAGCAGCACUGUGCAGGCGAGAGACCAAGACUACAGGGACAUUGAUUACAGAACAGGAUCCGGGAGGCCUUUUGAUUACAAGCGGGAUGAACUUCAACCACCAGAGAAACUCAUCAGAGAGUCUAAACCAAUCACACCUUCAAAGUUUAGUGAGUCUGGUUCUCAGGAUCAAGAUUACAGGAAUGCAUCAGUGGAGGACAAAGUUUCCAACACAAUAUCCAUAAUUGGUAUUCCAAAGACCGCUACAAUGGAGCAGAUUCUUGGUGCCUUUGCAGUCCGUGAUGGCGUGCCAAUGCAGGGGAUGAAAAUCAAAAAUGUUGUGCCAGGUUACAGCUACGAUACGGCCUAUGUGGAGUUUUUAAACCUCGAGGAUGCAGUCCGCUUCAUGGAGUCCAACAAGGGAUCCCUAAAGGUUGGCACUAGAACCACAUCCAUGAAGUACAUUCAGCCAGACGAGUGUGAAAGAAGUGUUCAUGAAUCAGAUCACAAAGUACCUCAACUCCAGGAGCCCCAGUUGCCCAGACAAGAUGAGCCCUUAGAGGAGUUGAAGACCAACCUGAAUGGGUCCAAAGCAAAAGGCCCUUUGGAGCCAUUGUCACAAAACCAGUGGCAGCGUAGCUCUGACCUGACUCCCGAGGCCUGGCAGCAGCAAGUGGACCAACAGCUCCAACAGCAAGAAACAGAGCAGCAGGCAGAGUCUUGGGGCAACCGCAACCAUCCCCCAUCCCGGCUCUGGGUUCCCGGCUACUCAGUCUUUAAAGACAGCAAAACCAUGAUCAUAAAAAAUGUGAAGCCCACCACCACAGUAGAAACUAUCCUGAAAGCCUUGGAUCCCUUUGCAUAUCUGGAUGAAAGAAAUGUUCGUCUGGUCAAGGCCAAGCCACCAGGAGUCAAGUGCUUCUGCUUUGUUGAUAUGGACUCCCAUGAGCAAGUGACACGCCUGGUUGAACUCCUUACUAAACCCAGACGGCUUUAUAUUGAUGGUGUCACAGUUUAUGCUGAGGUCGCAAGACCUUUGAAGAACCAAAAUUUCAAAAAAGACGGUGAUAAACCAAACACUUCCAUACUUGGAUUUCCACCUGAGCCCAGCAUGAUCGGGCAGCAGCAGUUCCCACAACCUCCACAGUUCUUGCAGCCUCUGCAGCCACCCACUGGUGCCCCCGCUAUAAUGCAAGGUGAUUUGACGACAGGCAGCUCUAAUCCCGCUCUGUCAUCAGACCACAGCAUCGCACAGGGAGUUGGCUAUGGUGAGACUCCAGUUUUGGAUCCGUCGUACCAGGCUGGUGGACCCCACAUGCCAACAGAAUCAGCUGGGAUAACAGUAGCCGCAGAUGGAUCACAGCCCUACGUCUAUGGCUCUGAGAUUCCAGACAUCAGUAACUACUUAUACGAUUCCACAUCAGGCUUCUACUACGAUCCUGAGACGACCCUGUACUACGACCCCAACUCCAGGUAUUUCUACAACGCUCAGACACAAGAGUACCUGUACUGGGAUGCUACAUCAAAGACCUACAUCCCAGUUCCAGGAGGGAACCCUGCAGUGACCCAACCUAUGACUGCUGAAGACCAGGCCAUUCUUUCCAACCCAGCAGCAGAUGCUCCUCUGGAAAUGAAGAAGGCAUCAGUGCCUCCCAACACCGCAGCAGCUCCAGCAGCAGACGCCACUUCUGAUGCCGCCACUGCUGCGGAACCUGUCACAACGUCUUCAGCAGCUCCUGAGAGGAAAGACGACGACGACUCUGCUAAAAGGGACAAAGAGAAGGAUAACAAAGAUGAGAAGCCAAGAAGUCUUGCUGCUGUCAAGAUCAUGAAAGACAUGGAGCGCUGGGCAAAGAUCCAGAAUCGUCAGAAGGAGAGUGUCCGCUCUGCAUCGCCACUACUGAAGACUGGAGGGGACGAUGAUAGGAGGCAAUCCAAGUCAGCUGAUGCUGGUUUUGCUAUCUUUGAGAGGAAGAUAUCAGGUGCAGAUGAUCUUUUUAAGAAGCCCUUUGCUCCUCCUAAGAAAGAUGAAAAGUCAAAGCGUCCGAUGGGCUCCCUGGGUCUGCUGGCGUCAGACUAUGCAGCUGGAAGUGAUGAAGAGGUGGAAGAAGAUAAGGAAGAGGCAGCUAAAAGCAGUCAGGGCAGCCAGUCGGAAGACAAAGACAACAAGCUGACAGACUGGAAAAAGAUGGCCUGCCUGCUGUGUAGGAGACAGUUCCCCAACAAGGACGCUCUGAUCCGCCACCAGCAGCUUUCUGACCUGCACAAGCAAAAUAUGGAGAUCCACCUUAAGAUCAAGAGGUCAAAGAAGGAGCUAGAGGCACUAGAGAACCAGGAAAAAGAACUAAGUGCCAGAGAACCUUCCAGGUCACCUGAACAGAAAAGAAGAAAACACCACCAACAGCCGCAGCAUCAUAACACAUGGGCUGGAAGCUCUAGGGAGAUGAAUAAAGUCAGUGAUAGACCUGGUUUAGGAGCUGAACCUGCCCCGCCGAGGAAAAAGAGAGAGCCUGUCGUUUGGGACCACGCCACCUACAAACAAGCAGUACGCAAGGCCAUGUUUGCACGGUUCAAGGAACUCGAGUGAUCUCAUCUGAACACAUCCUCGCUUUGAUAUGUGAAUUGUUAAUAUGACAUGCUUGCCCACUUUAGCAUGAGGAAUCCCUUUGACUGUAUUUACUCUGCCUUGGACGUUAUUACACUAUAGAACCACAGUUUUUCUACGCUGAAAUGAAAAAUCAUGUGGUGUAUAAACACACAUUGCAAGGCUGCAGUCAGAAAAACAAGAAUUACUUGACUUCCCAAACAGUGGAUGUUGUAUAGAAAGUGUUUAUAAUUCAUGCCAUUGAUUUAAAGUACUUUUGUUCAUGUUUUAUGUCUGGCUUGUGUGUAGAAUUGUGAAAUGUGUCCAGGUAGUCUUUUUUUAAAUGAUACUGUCACACUGGCCACGUUUACAUUUUGUUUUAAAACUAAGCAUUUUUACAUUUUCAUUUUCAUGGAUCGGAGUUGCUAUUGUAUGUACACAUUUUACAGUAAAAAGAAAAAGUCAGUGACAAAG